CCAAAAACCCAUAUAUGAUAAAUACUUGUGAAUUGCCAUAUAUGUUUUUUCAUCACAAUAAGCUAAUAAAUCUUCUAUCUUUUACUCAAUUCCAUAUACAUACGUAAAAGGGUACACAUGUUUUUUUAUUCUUGUAUUCAUACUGUCUCUCAAAGUCAAUUCCCUCACAAAAAAAUAUGAACUUGAUCGCAAAACCAACAUGGGUUUUCUUGUUCCCCACCAUGGUUUUGAUUCUCUCAUGUCUUGUUAGUACUGCUAAAAUGAAAAAAACCAGUGAAGGGUUGUGUAAUGUGUAUGAAGGGAGUUGGGUUUUGGAUGAUUCAUAUCCUCUUUAUGACUCUAAAACUUGUCCUUUCAUUCGCAAAGAGUUUGAUUGCCAAAAGUAUGGUCGACCUGAUCAUAUGUAUCUCAAGUACAGAUGGCAACCCAAUGACUGUGACUUGCCAAGGUUUGAUGGUGGAGAUUUCUUGAAGACAUUAAAGGGAAAGAAGAUCAUGUUCAUAGGGGAUUCAAUUAGUUUAGACCAGUUUGAAUCGUUUCUGUGUUUACUUCAUGCUGCGGCGCCUGAUUCUGAUAUCAUUCGUAAAACUAAUGGCUCUAUUUCUUCCCUGGUAUUCAAGGAUUAUGAAGUUUCUGUAAUGCUAUACAGUUCUCAUUACUUAGUGGACAUUGAAGAGGAAAACAUUGGUCGUGUUUUGAAACUUGAUUCAUUAAAAGGUGGAGAUGUAUGGAAGGAAAUGGAUGUUCUGAUCUUCAACACUUGGCUUUGGUGGUACAGAAGUGGAGAUACACAACCAUGGGAUUAUGUUCAAGAUGGCGACAAGAUACUCGAAGACAUGGAUCGAAUGGAGGCGUUUCGCAAGGGUUUAACAACAUGGGCAAAGUGGGUUAACACAACUGUAGAUACAGAAAAGACUAGAGUCAUCUUUCAAGGAAUUAGCCCUUCCCAUUACAAAGGCAUUGAAUGGGAUGAACCAAAGGUGACAAAUUGUGGAAAUGAGACAGAACCAGUAAGUGGAUCGAUCUAUAAUGGCACUUUGCCGAAAGCAUUAUAUGUAGUGACAGAUGUGUUAAACCUGGUAGAAAAACCAGUUCAUUUGCUUAACAUAACCACUUUGUCACAACUGAGAAAAGAUGGCCAUCCUAGCAAAUAUAAUGUCUUUAAGGGUAUGGACUGCACACAUUGGUGUAUUGCUGGAGUUCAAGACACUUGGAAUCAACUUUUAUUUGUAGCUCUCACUAAUGAAUACAAUAUUACUAUAUCAUAAAAGGGUUUUCAUUUAUUAUUUUAUACAAGUACUCUUCAACAAAGGGUAUUUUUUGAGUUUGAAACUCAUAAUAAGAUUAUACAUUGAACCUCAGUUAUUCACAGAAGAAUGAAUCAGUGUUCUUUCUUUGUAAGCAAAACACUAUUUAA